UUAAUGUUACAGAUAAAAAAAAAACGCAAAAGUCACACAUGAGUCAAGUUGUGGUGAAGUUAUGUGUAUUACAAUUCAAAACAUUUGAUCAUUAUUGUCACUUAGUGUAUAGGUCCAUUGAGAGUUACCGAAAAAUAAACAUGUCAUAAUAAAACCAUAAUAUUUUCAUUUUAAAUAUAAAUGGAUUCAAUCGAAAUCAUGAAAUCGGAAGUUCAGUCUCCCACGGAGGACAAUCAAAACGACAAAUCAAAAUUUAAAAAAAUGCAUUCUAAAAGAGGAAUAGGAAAUUUAUAUGCAGGAAUGAAGGAACGAUGCUGUGAAUUUCUCGAGGGGACGAAAGUAUACGAAAAGCUGGCGCAAAUGUUGGCUUAUAUGGAAGCUAAUCCGUUUUUUACCUUUUGUCUGUUCGCUAUCCUUGCUGCAGUUGCAACUCCUAUAGUCCUGUUUGUUCUUUUCGCUAUCGUCAAUGUCGCAUUUAUUGUCGCCGGUUUCAUAAUUGUCGAAGUGACAAUUUUCAUCAUCGGUGCAACUGUUUUGUCUUCAUCAGUCUUCUUCGUCAUCACGGCUGUUGCUGUUAUAGGAUUAUUUCUCUUAUCGUUUUAUCUUAUCUUCUGCUACGUUGUCAUUUUACUCAAGAAAUUGAGGACGUAAAAAUGCAACACGUAAGUCUUUUUAGGAAAAGAUUUAAUAUAUUCCUACAUUUUAAUAAUCAUA